AGCUCCGGCAGAAGCCCAGGCACCUUGAGAGGAUCAGCUUGCUCAGGGCGGCACUUCCUUCUCCUGGGCACGGCAGGAAGGUGGCAAUCAGCUGAGUGAGCCUCCAGCAGCUUCUGCACCCCCAGUCAUCUCCGGCGAGGACGCCAUCCUUUAUUGCUCAUGAGAGAAGGGUCCCGUCGCAUAUAGGAGAAAGAAAAUGUUGAUGCUGUUUUGGGUGUUGGCCCUCCUUGCCCUCUGCGCUUUUCUGUGGAAUUGCAAAGGACAACUGAAGAUAGCAGACAUCGCUGACAAGUACAUUUUCAUCACUGGUUGUGACACAGGCUUUGGGAACUUAGCAGCCAGGACUUUUGAUAAAAAGGGGUUCCGUGUCAUUGCUGCCUGCCUGACUGAGUCAGGAGCGACUGCUUUGAAGGCAAAAACCUCAGAUAGACUUCACACGGUGCUCCUGGAUGUCACCAACCCUGAGAAUGUCAAGAAGACCGCCCAGUGGGUGAAGAGCCAUGUAGGGGAAAAAGGUCUGUGGGGUCUGAUUAAUAACGCUGGUGUCCUGGGCGUGCUGGCUCCCACUGACUGGUUGACGGUGAACGACUAUAGAGAACCCAUUGAAGUUAACCUGUUCGGACUCAUCGACGUGACGCUGAAUAUGCUUCCGCUGCUCAAAAAGGCGCGCGGGCGCGUUAUCAACGUCUCCAGCGUCGGAGGCCGGCUUGCGUUUGGUGGCGGGGGCUACACUCCAUCCAAAUACGCGGUGGAAGGUUUCAAUGACAGCUUGAGGCGGGACAUGAAAGCUUUCGGUGUGCAUGUCUCAUGCAUUGAACCAGGACUGUUCAAAACGGAGCUGGCAGAUCCCAAGAAGACAACUGAAAAAAAGCUAGCCAUUUGGGAACAGCUGUCUCCAGACAUCAAACAGCAAUAUGGAGAAGACUACAUCGAAAAAAGUCUACACAAGCUGAAAAGCAAUACGUCCUCUGUGAACUUGGACCUCUCUCUAGUGGUAGAGUGCAUGGACCACGCUCUAACGAGUACCUUCCCCAAGACUCGCUAUACCGCUGGAAAAGAUGCCAAGACAUUUUGGAUACCUCUAUCUCACAUGCCAUCAGUUUUACAAGACUUUUUAUUGCUGAAACAGAAAGUAGAGCUGGCAAAUCCCAAAGCGGUGUGACUCAAUCGACCACAACUGCCUGCCCCAAGCUUUGAGGCCGGCUGAAUUCAAAGACUAAUCAUUCCAAUCUCGGUCUUCACCAAACCCAACUUGGACUCAUUUAGAGCACGUUUCUGUCUAUAAAAGAGGGAGUUCCAGGGUCCCUUAAGUCUCCUUUGAAAAUAAGGACAGAGAAGGCUUAUCACGUAGUCACUCUUGCCUGAUACUGAAGCCUUGCCUGAUUGGUAGGAUGAAAGGGAACCGAAAAGACUUCUAUCCAAAAUAUGUGUGCUGCUACCUGCCCCUUGCUGGCUCAGUAAUCCCGAAUGUUAAGCACCGUGUUUUAUCAAAAUGUUCAGAGAUAAGAAGCCUUUCCUAAGUGAACCUGAUGGCUCUGGUAUCUCCCUGAGGAGGAGCCGCAGGCUGGAACUCACUAAGUUCUGAUAAGCUUUGAGAGGAACAAGGAAGUGGUCAAGGUGCUGUCGUACAGAGCAGUCACUGGUACGAACUGAGAGGCCCUGAGAAACACAGGGAAGAAAUGCAAACAGAAAGACGGAAAGAGACAGGGAAGGAAAGAAAAGGCAGGGAAACUCCAACCCAAGCUCCACACUCCAGAGGGACACAGAAGAUGCACUACCACGACUGCUGGGACAUCAUCCCGUCUGGUCCCUGUCCCAGAGGCCCUUCACAUCUGGCUUCACUGUUUCAGUCAGCUCCAUCACCGCUGGCCGCGGCCACUUCGUGUUUCCAUGGUCAGGUUCUUGGCUCCAUUUUGCACCUUCAGACUCUGUGGCUUGCUGCCCUCCGACUGUCCAGAUGUCCCAAGGCUGCCAAGAUUGGCAGAAUCCGAAGGAAGCUCCUUUGCUGACCUUCCCACCGUAUUAGUCCGAUUGCUCUAUCUUCUGAUUCUGUAUUUGUUUUGCCUUUUUCUGAGACAGGUUUUUUUUUUAUUCCUUUAAGUAGCUACAAUUUGCUGUUUCUUCCAAUCAAAAACUAAGUAACAUGCAGCCUACUAUUAAGACCAAGUCUGUCAACUGUGUUACCCAUGUUAAUGUGCCAGCUGCAUUUUGUUACACCUUUGUAUUUCACUCAUCAGCUUCCCCUCAGAGAAGAUUCAGUGGACCACAGUGGUUACACUUCACCUCUUGGGUCAUAGAUACUGUAAAGGAGCCUGUGGCCAUAAUAAGAUGUCUGAGCCCAGGGGUCACCAAAUAAGCUGAGUGUUCAGAACAAGUCACUAAUUUCUGCAGCUGAAAGCAGGGCAUGUCUAAACCAUCCAGACUAAAAAGAAUCUCCUCCAUUUAAUUCACUUUUUUUUUUUUGAGACAGGGUUUCUCUGUAGCUUUGAAGCCUGUCCUGGAACUAGCUCUUGUAGACCAGGCUGGCUUUUUUAAAAAUUUAUUUAUUAAUAUCUUCAAAAACCCUGACACAUCUGUGGGGAGCUCAGCCUAGUAUAUAAUAAGGAAAAUCCCCAGGAAGUUUCUAAGAAAAAUGCUCAAAUGUUAUCCUUCUGCACAGUAUCAGUCCUAAUAGUUCUUGGUAGAAUAAAAUAUCUAGACUCAUUUACUGAUGUGGAGGAAGUAGCCACACAUCCUCAAAAUGAAAAAAAAAAAAACCUCUGGUAUCCUAAAGUGAUUUAUAUCAAUUUUAAUAUAAGUGAUCACCUCCUGAAUUCUUGCAUGCCAAACAAGACAAUUACGCUUUGUUUUGUUUUUAACUUAUUUAUUUUUAUUUACGUGCAUUGGCAUUUUUCUAUGGGUGUUGGGUUCCCUGGAGUCAGAGUUACAAACAGUUGUCAGCUGCUAUGUGGGGGCUGGGAAUUGAACUCAGGUCCUCUGGAAGAGCAGCUGGUGCUCUUAACCACUGAGCCAUCUCUCCAGUCUGACAAUUCUGAUAGUUUUUCAUUAACUCUGUGGUGAUUUUUGCCUUUCUUUUAGUUGCUGGGACUCAAAUACUCAGGAUCUCACGCAAGAACCCAUGCUAUACCACUGAGCUACACCACACCCCAGCCUGUGAUUUAUUUUUAAAAAGGAAAAUGUUUAUAGUUUCCGUCAUAGUUUAUGAAGCAUUGUGCCAGCCAGAGCACUGUCUCCAUCUGUCUAACAAUUUCCAAGCUCUCUUGUUGGGCAACCUGCCAGAGAAAGAUCCAGAUUCACAGCCCUCCUUGAUGCCUAGAAACAGGAUAUAACCUGAAAUAUGUCAGGUCAAGACAACCCAACCCAGCUGUCUGUCAUUUUCUGUAGUCAGUACCUGCCCUAACGUGACCCACUUCACAUCCGAUAGAGAAACUGGAAACAGAAAGAACUCACUAUGGAUCUGUAGCCUACAUGGUAGACAACAGUCAUUGUGUCAUCCAUAGGCAAAAGUUUACUCUUCAUCCAUAGGCAAAAGUUUACUCUCAGCCUUUGGUCUUGGCUUCCUCCUCCAUGGCAGCUAUAACUUGAGUAUAUAUGAGCCAAAAUGGCGGAAUCUGGGUUACAAAACAGAUAAUGCAAGAAAGAGCCUUCCCAUUAGUAGAAUAAUAGGAAACUUAUCCAUCUGGUGAAUGAGUGGAUGGUCUGUGUCUGCCAGAGUCUUAGUACGGCCGUUCUGUGUUCCAGGAAUUGUUUCCUCUAAACCUCGCCACGUCUCAGUCAGCUGUGUGCUUUAGAGAUGGAGAAAUCAAAUCACAGCCAAGUGGGUAAUUUUUUGUACGUUAGAGCGCUGGUCAUCUUGGGCCAGAACUCACCUAGGCAGUCUUAUUCCAAAGGUCAUGUGGUGUGGUAUAUGAUAAAGAAUCCAAGACUUGCAGAGUCUUCCUAAACAAUGAUUCUGAUUGUACAAAAACAAAACCAUCAUUAGGUAGGCCAACAUCAAUCUUGCCUACUCAUUAAUGGUCAUAGGUAAAAGUGGUAUAUAAUCCUGAGAAACACAAAGAUACACUCAUUUCUGUUUUUAUAAAUUCUACUUUUAUCUCUUCUCACUUACAAUAAAAUAAUGUGGAUAUUUAUACA